CGAGGUGACUGCGGCGUCGCGCGGCACUGACGUCACGUGUCGGCCCGGCCACGCUUGCGCACUGCGGAUCCGACGCUGAUGCAAGAAAUUUUUCGGCGCAGCGGCGACUGAUCGAGUGACAAAAAGUUGCCAAAUUUGAGCCGGUUUUCAGCCCGCAGCCAUGUCAGGAGACGAGAUGAUAUUCGACCCCAACAUGACCAAGAAGAAAAAGAAGAAGAAGAAGCCCUUCAUGCUCGAUGAGGACGGAGGAGACGGGCUGGCAGGAGAGGAGGCCAAGGAGGUGGAGACCAAGGAGGUGGAACCAGAGGGGGGAGACGACAAGGAGCUGGACCUCGACGAGGAUGAAGGGAGGAAGAAAGAGCCGUCUGAUGAUCUAGAUGACCUGAACUUCUUCAACCAGAAGAAAAAGAAGAAGAAACCGAAGAAAGUAUUUGAUAAUGACAUUGAGGAGGGAAUAAAGGAGCUGAAAAUUGAAGGUGAGCAGACGGAGGCGAUGGAGGAGGACGAUCUGGACCUCAUGCUUCCUGCCAAGAAGAAGAAGUCAAAGAAAGUCGACUUUGAGGAGGGAGAAGUCCUGGAGAAAGACGACGCUUUAGAAGACGAUGAGGGGAAGAACAACGACGGCAUUUCAUUCAGCUCCUCCACAGGACCGGCUUGGGCUGGCUCUGAAAGAGACUACACCUAUGAUGAGCUGCUGAACCGAGUCUUCAACAUCAUGCGAGAGAAGAACCCCGACAUGGUGGCCGGAGAGAAGAGGAAGUUCGUCAUGAAGCCUCCUCAGGUGGUCCGAGUGGGAACCAAGAAAACCUCCUUCGUCAACUUCACAGACAUCUGUAAACUGUUGCAUCGUCAGCCAAAACAUCUCCUGGCUUUCCUGUUGGCUGAGCUGGGAACAAGUGGUUCCAUAGACGGAAAUAACCAGCUCGUCAUCAAGGGCAGAUUUCAACAGAAACAGAUAGAAAACGUCUUGAGAAGAUAUAUCAAGGAAUACGUGACGUGUCACACCUGCCGCUCCCCAGACACCAUCCUGCAGAAGGACACUCGUCUGUAUUUCUUGCAGUGCGAGACGUGCCACUCCCGCUGCUCCGUCGCCAGCAUCAAGACCGGCUUCCAGGCUGUCACGGGCAAGAGGGCACAGCUCCGCGCCAAAGCCAACUAAACGCCACCUAACCCGGGCUCCCCUCCUCUCCGGCACUGCCCUCAUUCCCCAGCGGGGCCGGAGCUGGGGCGGGACGUCCCCCUGAUUUGCUAACUGGACUCUCUGAAUCGGACUGUGGGAGUGGGUUUGGCUGUUGUUGAGCUGCGUUGAGGCCGGACCAGGCAGGGAGUGAGAGAGUUUCUACAGCUGAGAGGCUUUGCAGAAGAGAUGUGGUUUUACAGGCACCGUAAGGCAGAUGAUGUGUACUUAACAUGCAUUGUUGUUGAUGUCGUCCGACUGAUCAACCGCGCCCCCAUCCUCAUCUCUAGAUAUUUUUUUUUUCUUCAGUUGCUGUGAUUUUUGAUUCUUUGUUCCUUCCAGAGAAUCCCUAAUUUUUGUUCCAUUGAACGCUUCCCACAUAUCAGUUUGGAUAUGAAUAUCACAUUGAAUAUGUAACACUGUUCCCAAAGUUGACCUAAAUUUCAGUUUAGUAGCUCUGAUAACUCUAGCCUUAUGAUUCAGUCAUUUUCUUUAUCAGUGUUUUAGUUUCAAGCUCAACAUUUUGUUACUUGACCUGAAGGUUGAGCGCCUGUUUCUGGUAUUGCAGUGCGCUACAGUACAAGAAUACCAGUGCAAAAACGUGUCUGAAAACGAAAGUCCUCUUCCCUAGCUUAUCAAACGGAAAACUCUGAGUCACCAGGCUAGAGUGUUCAUGAUAGAGAGGUUCGUCACUGUAACUAGCCUCUGGCAGGCUUCUGAUGCAGGCCUAUUUUGGAUUAUCAUUUUAUCAAAGCAUCCCAGGUGACAGAGUUAAACUACUUGGGGUUGAGCAGGAUGAAAACACUUAUUCAAACUUUAAAGACUUUAAUGGACAUGUAGCGCGUGAGAAAGAAAUAGAAAUCCUACAGAGUGUUUGAGUGCUUCUAUGGCAUUGAUGAGCAUUUGUGUUAUCUGUUUUUUUUUUUUUUUCUUUGACUUCUUCCUCUGCAGUUUAGAUCAACAAAUUCUACCUUGGGGGAGAUUUAAUUCGAUGUGAAACUGUGAAAAAAAUCGACUUUUCUGAAGCUAGUUUUGUCACGAGAAUCUGGUUUCUUAAGAUAACGCCAGCUGGGAGAUCGCUCACGCAAAUGCCAAGACCCAAGUGCUUUGCUCUAACUCGUCACUCUGCCCUCCUACACGACAAGCUAAUUCUGAGCAGGCACCUCAGGUCAGACCCCCAUGACACAUUUGUUUUCACAUGGGAUCCAAGAAACCAACACCACAAGCAAGCCAGGAAAUGAAGAGAUUGCAUCCAGUGUGUGAGCGAACAUUAAUUUGAUCAGUUAAAUUACAGUACAACUUGUUUGUUUUUGUUGAAGAUAUUUUCAAUCUUACAACAUGUUGUCACCAAAUAGUAAGACUUCAGAGGAUAAAAUUACAGAUUGAGUGCUCUAUUAGACCUCUACCCAAAAAUAAAAAUAAAUAAAAUAUAUGGAUGUGAAACUUUUGGAAUGAAACUCCUCACAUAGAAAUGGUUUUGGUUCUGCUCUUGUCUGAGAAGCAUGUGGAUAGCAAGAUCUCACUGGAGUAAUUUUAAACCUGGUUUUUACAAAAAUAAAAUCUUCAACUCUCUCUCUCCCA